AUGUCGAUCGGUGGUAACACGUACGCCAUCAGUAGGGAGCGUUUUCGAGCAAAGGUAGUAAAUGUUCCUUUUGCUUUGGGAAGCUCCGUCGGGGGAGGUGGAGGAAGUGGAAGCAGCAGUAGCAGCCUUAUGUCCGGCAGUGAUCCAUUCUCCACCGGAUCAUCAAUUGUCACUGCGUCCGUGGAUGUAGGAGCGACGGAUGAUAGAGUCGAAAUUGAACCUGGCAUGACGUUACAGAUCAUUGAGCAACCAUCGAGUAAGAUCGCUCUAAUCAAGAUCAAAGACUUUCAUCGAUCAUCAUCGACCAUCCAUAGUACCGGUGGGCCAGGCUCGACGCACGCAGAAAUAGCAAAUCACUACGAGAACCGAAUCUUUCAAUGCCAGGCGGCACACCUGCAACAAGUACCUUCCGACAUAUGGCCGUACAUCAUAGCAAUAUUGGAUCCGCAAGAGCGCUGUGAAUUUGCCAAGAAGCCCAAACUAUUUGCCUCGGUCAAAGAACUUUGCCUCGGAGGCAUAGUGCAGGUUUCCUGGCUGGCAAAGAAUCGACAUGUAACGUACGAUUGUAUUAUACGCUACGUUGGGCCGGUACCGAAAAUAGGACCUGGUUACUACUUUGGACUCGAGCUACUGAAUUUGAAAAAUGGUGAAUCGCCACAAAAGGAUGACAUCGAUUUCGUUUCCGAUUACAUGAACUGUGAGCCACGAUUGGCACUAUUUGUGGCAGCAAAUUGGAUCAAGUUUCCUGAACACGAGGCAUCUGGCAAACAGCAUCAUCAUAAGCGUAAUCUGUUGGACAGCUUAGUGUGUGGUGCACGGGAUCUUAAUAAUCGGUUCUCUCGACGAGCCAGUGGCAGCAAGCAUUCGUCAGACGAUUCGAGUAAAAGUGGUUUUCUCCGAGGUGGAAAGUCGUCCAAUAGUGAAUAUCCGCCAUACGCGCGAUCCUACACUCCGGACCUGACGACCAGUGACGGAGGAUCGAAUCGAAAGUCAACCGAUAUUGCGGCGUUUUACGACAGCUUCAGUUGUCUGCAGAUGGAUCCGGCUGGAACUAAGCAAACGCAACACAAGAAAAUGGCCGCCUCAAUCUCUAGUCCCAAUCUGUCCAAACAGGACAGCAGCAGUAGCACCGGAAGCUCUAGUCGUUAUGUGAAUAGUCAUCCGAUGGAUAGCUACGGGGAUGAAUAUCAUCAUUUUGUCGAACACAGCCAACACCAGCAUCACCACCAUCAUCACCAUUUGAUUGAUGAAGGCUGUCGUAGCUCGGGAAGGAGCUCACAAAAUAGCUCGAACAACAGCACGUUAAAACAUUCCAAGGUACGGUCGGGAAAGGUGGCUCGUGGGACCGGAUCGAAUUCGUCCGUCAACAGUGGUGGGGCAGGAAGCGGAUACCAUUCCGUCGGUAAGCAGAGCACUAUCCUGAGCCUACCUGAUCGCGACGUCGUAGUGAUCGACUCCAACGAAAUCGAUGAAGCGAUCAAGAGUGCUAGUGAUGUUAUCGUGGUUGAUCCACCGCCAGUUCUCAGCCCGACCGAAAAUCGCGAGGUGGAACUGAUGGACCUGUUGAGCGGCAGUACCUGGCCAGCGGAAGCUGGUGAAGUAGCGGCUAUUUUCUCAGCGAACAGCAGUGAUAAGAAAACGCAAACUCCCGUGGCCUCUCUGGUGACGAGUAACAAUUUGGCGGCUAGGACGAGUUACAAUACCAGCAGCAGUACUAGCAGUAAUAGUACAGCUAACAGCGGCUACAGUUACCAUAGCCAUAAUGGCAUCAUGGCCGGUAGCCGUUACGAGCGGAAUAAAUCACUCAAUCCUUUGGCACACAUCGGAAACUCUAAGCCAGGCGAGCCAAUUCCAAUGUCACGAAAGACGAGAUCGACAGCAAGCGAUGUGAAGCCUGCCACAGUAGACGCGGCAACGAUGACCAAGCUAAACGAUGCUCCCGCCGGAGCGUUUUCCGCAGCCAAUGGGUUUGGACCUGCAGGUUCCAAUGGAAGCGAUAAUACGAUAUCCGCCGGCAGCGCCCUUAUACCCCGGUUAGGUUCAAUAUCACCGGAAUCGGAUACUGGUGGACCGCCACCACCUUCAUCACUGCAAGAGCUCCCGAAUGAUCCAUCAUUGGGCGUUGGUUCGAUGGUGGAAGUUACACUCGAUGCGUUUGAUGGACCCGGGUCAACUACGGCGAUGGCGACAGAUCCGCUCUACUACGGUGUCAUACGUUGGAUUGGAACAUUGCCAACAUCCAGCGGUGGCGUGAACAAUAGGAAGGUAAUGGUAGGUGUCGAAUUGGAAGACGAACCAAUCGAUCUCACGCUUGAAACGACCAACGGAAUGCAUCAUGGCGUCAGGUUAUUCAAAUGCCAAGGUAAUCGUGCAAUAUUUGUCCAUACGAGUCAAUGCAGUAGGGACCGACGUUUUCAGGAUAUACCACCUAUGUCCCCGGGUACUUCGAGAGCAGUGCAGGCCACGUCCAGUGGUAACAAAGCAGAUACCACCAUGUUUGGCAAAGUUGACUGUCCUGUGGUAAAGGGAAGAGUGCCGCCGUUGAAAAUUUUGAAACUCGAAGAACUGGAAGAAAUUUGUGGCAAAUUCAAGGGAAUCCAAGGGCAUCACAAUUCCUGUUACCUUGAUGCGACUCUUUUUGCUAUGUUUACCUUUACUAGUGUGUUCGACACUUUGUUAUUUCGACCUAAAGAACCUGAGGACAACCCACAAUACGAAGAGGUGCAAAGAGUACUACUUGAAGAAAUCGUAAAUCCUUUGCGCAAAAAUCACUUUGUGCGGGCUGACCGAGUGCUUAAAUUGCGCCAAUUGCUCGAUCGGCUGAGCUCCGUCACGGGAUUGAUGAGCGAAGAAAAGGACCCAGAAGAAUUUCUGAACAGUCUGUUGGCACAGAUUCUACGUGCUGAUCCUUUUCUGAAGCUGAGUUCUGGACUGGAUACCUUCUACUAUCAGCUGUUUGUGGAAAAAGACGAACGACUUAAUUUACCGUCUGUUCAACAACUUUUUGAGCAGAGCUUCUUAGCCUCCAAUAUAAAGCUGAAAGAAGUGCCAUCCUGCUUGAUAAUUCAGAUGCCACGGUUUGGCAAAAACUUCAAAAUGUACCCACGGAUCCUUCCGUCGCAGGUGCUUGACGUAACGGACAUCAUCGAGGAUUCUCCCCGUCAAUGUUGGGUCUGUGGUAAGCUAGCCGAGUACGAAUGUCGUGAGUGUUUUGGUAAAAAACAAAGCGAAGGCCUAGAAGGGACAGCUGUUUGCAAGAACUGUAUAGAUACCAUCCAUAACCACAACAAACGGGCGAACCACAAACCAGUGCCGUUGUCGGUGCCACAAGAUUUUAUCCCGAUGGCGCCGCAUUGUGAAGUACCUCGCCUGUACAUGGAGCUCUUUGCGGUGGUUUGCAUAGAAACGUCACACUAUGUGGCGUUCGUUAAAGCCGCGUCUGGUCAGGAUGCUCCAUGGUGUUUCUUUGAUUCUAUGGCUGAUCGAAAUGGUGAGCAGAAUGGUUACAAUAUUCCAAAAAUGGUUCCGGUUCCAGACUUGCCACAAUGGCUCACCGAAGAAGGUUCGCAGGCCUUGAAUGAGGAAGCGGUGAACGAUAAAAUGUUACCUGAGCAUGCAAAGCGAUUGCUGUGUGACGCGUACAUGUGCAUGUACCAAAGCACCGACGUCAUGAUGUACCGAUAAUUGUAAUUAAGCCGCUGUUUCUAUAGCAACUGAAUAUAUAAAUUAUAUAAAGACCAACACGUUUGCAAUCCUAUAGGAAAGCACUGGUUCAUGCAGUGAGUGUAAGCCAUUCGAGUGACAGGAGUAGAAAUAGUGUAUAGCAAUUACGGCUUAGAGUAUCACGA